AUGAGAUAUAAUUUACCACGAAAUCUUAGAUUUCAAAGACUUUAUUCAACUCAGUUGAACAAGCCUGUUCUUACAACUACAUCGAUAAUAAAAGAAUCACUUGUUGAAUCAACACCAAUAAACGCGUCACCAAAAAAACGUAAAAAAAGACUAAAUAAAAAUUUAAAAGAUUUAUAUUCAAAUUGGAAUUUAAAUCAAGAUCAAGAUUUACCAAUAACAUCACCAAUCCCUGUCUCCCCAUAUGAAUAUUAUAUAACAAAUAAUUCAAAUGAAUCAAUUAUAAAAUUCCCCAGAUUAUCAGUUACAAAAUUAUUAAUUAAUAAUUGGUGUCAAUUAAGAGAAUAUUAUCAAAUUUAUUCAGGUUCUAAAAAAUUAAAGGGAAAUAAUAUUAAACAGGGACAAAAUUAUCAUUCAAAAUUAGAAGAAAUAACUCAUGAUUCAGUUGAUUUUGAAAAUGAAUUGAAAUUUAUAAAUUUAAAUAUUGAAAAUUUAAAAUUAGAAUGUAAUGAUAAUGAAUUUAAAGAGUUAGAAAAGCUUAGUGAAUUUAAUCAGAAUGAUGAAUUAGUUAAUGAUUGGAGUAAUCAAAUUAUUUCAAGAUUAUUUAAUUUAAUUGUAAAUUCUGAAUCAAGAGAAGUUUUAGUUCAUGGGUUUAUUAACUUAGAUCAGGGAAAAUUAAUAACCAACGAUUCAGACUUACCGGGGGCUACAUUAAUUAGUGGAGUUAUUGAUUUAUUGAAAUUUAGAAACCCUAAAACUCCAAAAGAUUUAAAAUUCUUUGUUGAUAUUCAAAAUUUAAUUGAAUUUGAAUUUGGAAAAAUUGAUGAUAAAUUACCAAUAAUAGAUUUAUCAAUUUUCAUAAAAGAAGUUAAAGAAAUUUUAAAUGAAUAUAACAACCAAAAAUUAUCUCUUAAUAUAGUUGAUAUAAAAUCAAGAACUUGGAAUCAAUUACCAAAUUAUGAUUCAGUAUUAAAAGGAGCAAAAUUACAAACUUAUUAUUAUAAAAAUAUGUUUGAAAAUUUAGCGAGUGAUCCGUUUUUUACAUAUAAUUCAUUAAUUAAAAAUGCAGAAAUUAGAGGUUGUAAUAUUGAUGAACCAAUAAAUCAAAUUUUGGUUCUUAAAUUAUUAAAACAAUAUUCAUAUAUAUUUUAUGAAGAUUUUUUAAAAUUAUCAAAUGGGGAACCAAUAGGAUUCGAACCAUUUGAUAACCAUACAAAUGAGACGUCAUAUAAUUUUGGGGUUUUAUUUCAAGAUUUAGAAUCUUUUUCAUUAAAUAAUCCUAAUACUACUAGCUUCAUGAAAGAGCUUGAAAAUUCAUCAGAUUUCAAUUAUCAAAAAUUAAUAACCCCAUUAUUAAAAAAUUGGAAAACUCCACCAACGUUACGAUAUUUCGCAUCAAGAUCAUCACAAUUUUAUACACUUUUUCAAAAUUUCAUAAACUCAGAUUCAACUUAUGUUGAAUAUCAUAAUUCAAAAACUGAAUUAAAUUUCAAGACUAUAAAAUAUAAAUAUAAUGAAAUCUUAUUUAAUAAUCAACUCGUAGAAGCAAGUAAAUUUUGGAAUGGAACCACCACAAAACCUGAAGCUGUUGAUGAUUUAAAUAAAUGUAAAUAUUGUGAUUUUGCAAGUAAAUGUAUUAUUGGAAAAAAUGAAAUAAAGAGUUCUUAA